AUGGAGGAAAAGGGAUGUUCGUCUGUGGAGUACUCUGUGCAGCGGCAGGUUCUAGAUGAGUUAUGUCUGGACCAAGUGGCAAAAAAGGGCAAAUGGUCAGCAAAGCCAACCUUCAGAGAACAGCUGAAAAGCUUCUUCAGAUGCUCAGUGCCCCAUGCGAAGGAAAUAUUGUUACGUUGGAUACCUGUUCUUGGCUGGCUGCCUAAAUACUCCAUUAAAAAAUACGCACUUGGGGAUUUGAUCUCUGGCUGCAGUGUGAGCAUCAUGCAUCUACCACAGGGCAUGGCAUAUGCUCUUCUAGCUUCUUUGCGCCCUGUGUUUGGCCUGUACACAUCGCUCUUUCCAGUGCUGGUUUAUUUAAUCUUUGGCACGUCCAAACACAUAUCCAUUGGUACGUUUGCAGUGAUCAGUAUCAUGAUUGGAAGUGUGACGGAGCGGCUGGCUCCUGACAGUAACUUUCUAGUUAAUGGUACUAAUGGCACAGUAAGUGUAAAUUUGGAUGAACGGGAUGCUUACAGAGUACAGAUAGCCUGUUCACUGACAGUCCUGGCAGGGUUGUUUCAGAUACUGUUAGGUAUGGUGAGGUUUGGUUUUGUGGUCACCUACUUAUCUGAGCCACUGGUCCGAGGCUACACCACAGCAUCAGCGUGCCAUGUGUUGGGUUCCCAGCUCAAAUAUUUGUUUGGUGUAAAUCCAGCUCGCUUCUCUGGUCCUCUUUCACUCAUUUAUACACUGGUGGAAAUCUGUCGCUUGAUACCGCAGACGGUAAUACCUGAACUGGUGGUGAGUCUGGUGUCACUCACUGUCCUCAUUGUGGUCAAAGAGUUUAAUGGACGCUUUAGGCAUAGGCUGCUGCUGCCUAUUCCCAUAGAGCUCAUAGUGAUCAUAGCAGCAACAAUCAUAUCUCAUUUUGGUCAACUUCCCGAUAAAUACAACAUUAAUGUUGUUGGUGAGAUACCGAGUGGGCUUCAGGCUCCCAGAGCCCCCGACGCGACGCUGUUCUCUGCUGUGAUAGGCGAUGCUUUUGCUGUGGCCAUUGUGGGCUACGCCAUCGCAAUUUCCCUUGGUAAAACGUUUGCUCUUAAACAUGGCUACCAGGUGGAUAGCAACCAGGAGCUGGUUGCCCUCGGACUUAGCAAUACCAUUGGCAGCUGUUUUCAGUGUUAUACCGUGACUUGCUCAAUGUCUCGAAGCCUCGUCCAAGAAAGCACGGGAGGAAAGACACAAAUUGCAGGACUGAUUUCUUCCGUCAUCGUUCUGAUUACGGUGUUGAAAAUAGGGUCUCUCUUUGAAGAUCUCCCAAAGGCUGUCUUAUCAACAAUAGUGUUUGUGAACUUAAAAGGAAUGUUUAAGCAGUUUAUGGACGUGCCUAUGCUGUGGAAGACCAACAAGGUUGAUUUGCUUGUGUGGCUGGUAACAUUCGCAAGCACCAUUCUGCUUAAUUUGGACCUGGGUUUGGCAGUCUCCAUUGCCUUUUCUCUGCUGACAGUUAUCUUCAGGACCCAGCUGCCACGUUAUUCAAUCUUGGGCCAAGUGCCAGGCACCAACUUGUAUCUUGAUGUAGACUCAUACAAAGAGGCUAAAGAAAUUCCUGGAAUUAAAAUCUUCCGUACUUCUGCAACUAUCUAUUACACCAAUGCUGAAAUGUACUUGGAGGCCUUACAAGAGAAGAGCGGCAUUCAAAUUGCAAAGCUGCUGGCAGUAAAGAAAAAAGAAGCUGAAGCAGUGAAGAAACAGAAUAAGAAAGCCAAAAACGAGCAAACUAACCAAAGGGCCAGAAAUUAUCUAAAUGGCAUAUUCUCUUUUGGAAAGAAAAAAAAAUCUGCAGAAGUAAAAGGACAAAAUUCCAAGUUUGCCGGAGCCGAGAACUUGACAGAAUGUCCAGUUAAUAUACUGUUCAAAGGCCAAGUGAACAAAGCCUACGAAUCUGACUAUUCCGACAUGGCCUCCAAGCAGUCAGACAGUAUUACCCUGGCUUCACAAGACAGCGAUGACAAGAUAUGCCCCACUGAUGUUUCCUGCCCUCACAGCCUCAUCUUGGACCUCUCAACAACCAGCUUUCUGGACACGGUGGCUGUCAAGACCCUGAAAAAUAUAUUCAGGGAUUUGGGAGAAAUUGGUAUAGGGGUCUAUCUCAGUGACUGUCAAGCCUGCGUGGUGGAGGAGCUGGAAAGAGCAGGUUUCUUCUCAGAGUCGAUCCCAAAAAGCAGGCUUUUUGUCACUAUUCAUGAUGCAGUGCUUCAUAUCCUCGACAAAUUGGGGCAGACUGACAACUUCCACGAUGUUUUCUACAUCACCGAAAUGUGA